AAUCAGUAUAACAGGGGGUGUAACGUAUUAUUACCAUCCUCCGGAUAGGAUAACAAGCACCCAAUCUCCCAACUCGUCGCACUCUGCAACCGACAAAUCCGGACCCAUCAUAUUGCCGCUCAACACUUCAAAGCUGCCAGUCUCUCAUACGCGUAUAUCGGUGCGAUUUGUUUUAUAAUUCCUCGGUCGUCUCUCUAUCUGAUUAACAGUCCGCGCCGGCUUCCAUCAUUCCAUUUUGCGGCGUCUCGGUAGAGAAGGGGUCAUGGUCGGCUAGGUAGCCUGCAUCUGCGAAAAUGUUUUCGAAUUCUGGUGAACGCAAGUCCGUCGAUAGUCUAUCGCAAGUUGUAUCUCCUAAUUCACACCGAACAGACUUCCCCUUCCAUAGGCAAGGUUCUACAAGUGUGCAUUCUCAAAGACGAGGCUCGACGGCAAGCUCCACCCAUUCAACCGGAGGAUCGCUAGAUACCACAUCAGGUAGCUGGGCAGGUGAUGUAUUGGAAACAGGGCGAAAUUCGAUAUCGACAUUACUACAACCGCCGAUAGUACGAACGGGACUUCUACCGCAUACUUCCGCUCCAGCAUCAAGUGCCCACAAGCCUCCGACUGCACGCGAUAUCCCUCCAGUGACACUGACAAACAUCAAGCACGUUGACGCAGCAGAAUUCGAGCCCUAUUUAACUCAAGUCGUUGCAUUAUACGAACAAUUGCGAAGGGUGAAGGAGAGCGAAGAUGAAGCGGCAAAUAUCCCUCACAGAAGGAGCAGUAAAACGGACGAGUUUGCUGCCAUCUUUGAUGAGGGACACCUACGGGCGGGAAAGCCGCCAUCAGCAUCAAGGAGAAGCUCCGUCUCUAUAUCUUCGUUCUUGCCUAUAGAAGCCCCUAGUCCGAUUCGAAGAUCUAGUUCAGGAUUUGCGAGAAGACCGACGCAAGGGCCGCCGCCGUUGUCGACUAUACCUAAUGUGUAUUUCGGCGAAGACUUCCACUUAGAAAAUCCUCGCACGUUUGGCGUGGUCAGUGAGAGGUCGGAGGUUAUUCGACCACCGUCGGGGACGCUGGAUGAAAAGGCUUCAGCAAACGGAAAUGCAGCGGUACCACGGAAAGCCCUCGCGACAAAUGCGAUAUUACAGGAAAAGCUAUCCUGGUACAUGGACACAAUCGAGAUGCACCUCAUAGCUUCCAUUUCAACAGCUUCUACCACCUUCUUCACCGCAUUAGUUUCGCUACGGGAGCUUCACUCAGAAGUCGCUGACUCCGUCGAGAAAAUUAAGGCUUUUAAACAAGAGCUUGAGGCUUUAGAUAACGAGAUUGUAGUCAGCGGGUUAAACGUCAUCCAGAUGCGACAACGGCGGGGGAAUCUCCAACAGCUACACGAUGCAGUCCUACAACUAAAACGUAUUAUUGACGGCAUUGCUACCUGCGAGUCUCUCGUCGAAGAUGGAGAAGUAGAGAAGGCCUUAGAAAGUAUCGACUCUCUCGAGAAGCUCAUUGCUGGCGAGCCAGAUCAUUCGAAAAAGCCUUUAACGAUAGGUGGAUUUGAUAUCCAACCAAGAGAUCUUAGGGGUGCAACAGCGCUACAAGGCGUCAACGACGAUUUGGGUACUUUACGACUCAGAAUCGGCAAACUUUACGAAACACGAUUUCUCAGUCUACUUACGGGAGACCUCCGGUGCCACUCUGAAGUUGUCUCCACGCAGGAGGUACUCAUACGCUGGACCAGUGCCUUCGUGCGGUCUCGAGGCGGCCGUAUGCGGGAGCCUUCUGUCUUCCCAUCCUAUAUGAGCUCAACAGACGGUCUUCGGUCCGAGCUACUUGAAAGCUUAACCGGCUUACACCGAGCGAAGCACCUCACUACUGCUGCCACAUCCUAUAGAGAGGCCGCACUAAAAGAAAUUCGCAAUCUAGUUCGGCGGCCUCUACCUACUUCAAACGAUGAUGACAACGAGUCAAUGGUCUCUUCGUCAACCGUGACAGGAAGGAGACAGUUGUCCCAGCAACAGAAAUCGACCAUUCUAGCUCGCCAUCUACGAGCUCUUGAGCCUAAAGAUGCUGAAGAACUACUGGUCAAAAUUUAUAUUAGCGUUACUGAGACCCUGAGGAGGUUAACGACACAAGUCAAGCUGCUGCUAGACGUUUCCAGCUCGUUAGGUGACGACUGCAGUCCUUCAAGGCUAAGAUCUCCUCAGAUGAAGUCGCCACUUCCUAGUCCUACCGCUAAGUCUUCUAUUGCCGCGCUUAAGGCACAAGAAAUCCAUAAAGCGAUAGACCUACCAAACCUCCUAGGUCAAGCUAUAGAUGUCGCACAGGAUAAGAUUAUAAAGCUCCUCCGGGUUCGUUCAGAGCAGAGUACACAUCUAUCACCAAUCUGGUUCCUCCGAUAUUUUACUCUAAACCUCUACUUCGCUAGCGAGUGCGAAUCAAUCUCUGGGCGGAGCGGUACAACCCUAAAUACAGUCGUUAAUGGGCAAAUCAAAGACUUUCUACAGCAGCAUAGCGAUACGGAGAAGCAAAAGCUUGCCCAGGGUAUGGAAUCCGACCCAUGGGAGGCAAAGGAUUUUUCAGAGAAAGACACAGCCGAGCUCAACAGGAUUCUAUCCUGUAGUACAAAGGACCCGGCUGAAUGGUCGGAUGAUCUGAAAAUUUGGGUUCCGUAUUCAGAUGAUGAUCCCGAGUCUAUCAAUGGGGCUGAUGAUCCGCAUCCCAAUGGCGGCGGCAAAACCAGGAUUAGGAACGCGUCCAUUGACGACGAAACAUUUGUACUUCCUAGCUCCGCAAUUCUUUGCAUGGAUGGCAUAUCCCACUUCUUGCAACUGAUAGUUGGCAUCCCAUCGAUGACCUCAGAGAUCGGGGCGUCAUUAGUCUCCUAUCUCCAGCUUUUCAACUCACGCUGCGCAGAACUUAUCUUGGGCGCAGGGGCUAGACGGUCUGCAGGCUUGAAGAACAUUACCUCGAAGCACCUAGUUCUCGCAUCGCGGGCGUUGGCAUUCAUAGCAACCCUGAUCAGCUAUGUCCGCGAGUUUGUCAGACGCUACGCCGAAGGUGGUGCUGCUGCCUUGAGUGUCGUGGAGUUUGACAAGGUCAAGCGUCUCUACCAAGAGCACCAGAACAGCAUUUAUGACAAGCUAGUCGAGAUCAUGAGUCGCCUGGCCGCCUUGCAGGUAAAGGCUAUGAAAACUAUUGACUGGGACGAUGGCCAGAAGAAUGUGCACCCCUACAUGGCGGCGUUGGCCAAAGACACGACCUCGUUGCAUCGCAUCCUAACUAAGACCCUACCAGAAGGAACUAUUCGUAUGCUCAUGAGUCCGGUCUUUAUCAGUUAUAAGGUUCAGUUCGGCAAAGCGUUCCAGGAGGUAGAUCCCAAGACGGAAUUCGGUCGGGACAGGUACGUCUAUAUGUGCCCUAAGCAGCUUACAGCAUGUGCUAACUCGGCACAGUAUGCUACAUGACGUCGAGUUCUUCGGAUCUAAACUAGGCAAGAUGGAUGGCUUUGGUGAUACUGGAGAAUACCUGACCACAAUUAUCAAGUCCAAGCGAGUCAAGAGCGAAGCGCCAGCCGCUCCAGUCGCCGCCGAACCAGAAAAGAAAGAGACGGAAGAGACGGUAAAAGAGGAGGCAGAAGCAAGAAGUGGAGGAGGUAUGGGCUAAAGGAGAU